AUGGCGGAGUACCUGGAGGGGGAGGGCGGCGCGGGGGCCGAGAAGCCCGUGAGCUUCGAGGAGGAGGUGGAGACGUUCCUCAUCAACCUGCACGACUUCGUGUACCACCGAAACGCGGAGGCGAUCAAGAAGCUGUUCGACACGGACUUCUACGCCAUUUCGGAGAUUUACUUUAAGAACAUCCGCUGGCCCUCCAUCAAGCUGGUGGACGUCUUUUACAAGCAGAAGAAUCGAUUUCACAACUUGAUUCACUCUCUGUAUGAGGAGCUCUACUACCGACAUGUGUUCAUAAUAAACGAUGUGACGCUGGAAGAUAGGAAGAACUCCUGGGACAAUUACAAAUGCUUAUUAAAUUUUAUUUCGAGCAUUUGUUCUGACCCUUCAGGAGAUACAAACGACAAUGUGCUGGUCAUGCCGAACGUAUGGAUUUACGACUUCCUCUCGGAGUACAUUUACCAGUACCAGUCCAUGUGUCAUUAUAAGUUAAAAAUUUUGAAAGAGCCAGAAGAAAAUAAAGAAGGAAUAGACUUUUUAAUAAAACAUUCGGACGUAUUUGAGAGUAGCAUCGUGUUGGAAGUGCUCCACAGUCUUUUGCUGAAGGCAGAAUUUGUAACUCUCUCAGAGGAGGAAAGAGCCAUAUUUGUUCACAACGUUUUUCACGUAAACAAUGAAGAUUUGACCAGUAGAUACCAAUUUGCCUACUUCGCUUGCUGCGUUCUUCUGAAGGUGUAUGUCCUGAUGGGGGACUACUACACAGCGUUGAAAAUCAUUUCUUAUAUUGAGUUGAGUCAUAAGGCACUGUACUGGAAGGUGACUCUGUGCCAUAUUAGCGUCUUCUACCACAUCGCCUUCUGCUACCUCAUGCUGAGGAGGUACAAUGACUGCAUUAAGGUGCUGUCCCAAAUUUUGAUAUACCUCUCCAAGCAGAAGGUCCACUUGUCUAACCAGCAGAGGUACCAGCAGAGUCAAAUUCAUAAGCUCAUCGAUAAGAUGUAUUUCAUUGUGAUUAUAUGCCACUCGCUUAGUAACACCAGGCUAGACGAGACGAUCCUGCAGAACAUUAAGGAAAACUACUCGGGGAAAUUCUAUGCCCUUUUGCAAACAACCAAUGAGCAAGCUUAUGCGGAUUUGUUUUACAAAGUGGCCCCUAAAUUUAUUGAUCCCCUUUCGAACAUUAGCUUCCAACUUUUGGCUAGCUUCGAAAAUGUGCAGAACCAGACGUAUAACUCUGACCCCAUGACGACGCAGCUGAACAUCUUUUUGAAGGACGUGUCCUACCAGAAGAAGGCCUUUCACUUCAUCUCCUACGCGAAGCUGUACCACAACAUUCAGCUGCGGAAGUUGAGCAGUCUCAUGAAUUACGGCCAGCAGAGGAGGCCUGCGGAGGGGGACACCGCUAGCCAGGAGAACCACCUGGGGGAAGUGCAAAAGGGAGAGCCCUCCCCCGACGAAGCACUCGCACUCGUCUCCGCCGACAUCAUGUGCGUUAAGAACUCCGGGAGGCAGCUGGUCUGGAAGGACGGGCCGCUCUACAAGGGAGAAGUGGUCACGUCGGUGUUCGGCUCCGCCUUCGACUUCUACAUCGACAUGGACAUCCUCAACAUCAAGACGCGCGCGCAGCAGAAGAUCUUCAUAGACUAUUUCCUGCACCAAAUCAACAUGUGCAAGAACCUCAGCAGCAACCUGCAGGGCACCCCCGCCCCCCACGCCUACAAGCCCAAGUACGAUAACUUCAGGCGCAAGGGCAAGGCCAAGCCGCGACGGAGCGGUGAAGCGGCGACGGAGCGGUGGAGCUGUCAAGCUUCUUAG